UAAUUUUGUUUAACCAACUUCAGCAUCAUUUUAUCGUUGUUUUCAUUAUUUUUAAAAAAAAACAAAGUACACAUUUAUCAAAAGUACAGAAAAAAUAAUAUACAAAAAAAAAACAACCAACAACAACAACAACAACAACAAAAAAACAACAAAAUAAUAUAACAAGGAAAAACAGGAUUUAUGUGAACGCCAGUAGAAUAGAGUAUAAACUUUAUUGACAGUUUCUUAUUAUUAUUGAAAUGGUUUCUCGACAAAUAUUUUGGAUAGGAAUGGCGGUCAUUUUAUCUCAGACUGGGCACGUGGCAUCACACGGACGCUUGAUUCAACCGGCCCAGAGGUCGUCUGCUUGGAGGUAUGGAUACAAUAACCCGGAAAAUUACAACGAUAAUCAACUCUUCUGUGGUGGUUUUAAUGUACAGUGGAACCAAAAUGAUGGUAGAUGUGGUGUCUGUGGUGAUCCUUAUAAUGCACAAGUAAAGCCAAACGAAGAUGUAGGCGGUUUAUACGUCGUUAAUGGCGUCAUCACAGGAAGUUACGACAAAGGCGGCGUCCUUAAUACGGAAGUAGAAAUAACGGCUUAUCACAAAGGAUGGUUUGAAUUUAGACUUUGCCCUCUCGCAACAACAACAACAAAGGUCACACAAGAAUGUUUGAAUCAGAAUGUUUUGACGGUUAAAGGUACAAACACGACACGCAUACAGUUAGAAGAAAUCAAGACGGGUUUAGGGCCGGGAGUUUAUAUUAUAAACCUUCAGUUACCAUCCACUAUUACGUGUGAAAGAUGCGUUCUUCAGUGGAAAUACAAUACAGGAAAUAGCUGGAAUUGCGAUUCCGAAGGAUGUGGUAUUGGUCGUGGCCCUCAAGAAAAUUUCGUGAAUUGCGCUGAUAUCCGAAUUAAUGACGAAGAAACCGGAACUGCUACGACUGACAGUAGUCCCUGUCGCACAGCUAGUGCAGCGUUGACGUCCGACAAC